AUGGUCGACAGAUCUUGGUUUGAUGAUCAGGAUUUAGAGGAACGUUUUAUUGCGAAUUUUGAGGAAUUGGUGGUGCUAGCACUUGCAUUCGACCUUGCUCUAAUUGGAGAGCGGAUUCUGAAGCCACAUCAACUUCUUGACACCUGCAAUAAGCCUCCUAUUGUCGUUCUUCCAAAUUCCUCCUUUGUCGAUCCAUCUAAGCUUACAGUGAUGGAUCGGAAAGUGGUUGAGUUCUCCAACUUCGUACAAGGGUCUUCUAGUGUCCAGGAGUACGUGAGCAAGUUUGACAACCUCUCAAGAUUUGCUCCAGAUUUGGUAAACAUUGAAGCCAACCGGAAGGAAGGGAAAUACCAACCAAAGCCAAUUGGAGCUACACCGCGAUUUUAUGCACUCACCAAAGGAGCUGGGACUUCCAACAUGGUGUCAGGCCAGCUUCCUGUGGCUAAUAACUCAGCAUAUGCAUUGAUGGACACUGGUGCAUCCCAUUCUUUUAUUGCUACAUCUUAUGUAGAUAAGAAAGAUAGGAAGCCUGAGCCUAUGGAAAAUAGGGCGGUGGUGAAUUGCAAACGAAGAAAGGUGACUUUUAACCCACCUAGGGAAGAACCAUUCCUGUUCCAAGGCACAACCCGCGAGAAGAAUUUGGCUAUAAUCUCCACCUUGAAGGCUAAGAAAUUACUGGACGAUGGAUGUAUCGUCUACUUGGUGAACUUAAUAGACAAGGAUGGGGAGUCUAAGCUACAACCAACUGAGGUAGCAGUGGUGUGCAAGUUUUUGGAAGUGUUUCCUGAGGAUCUUCCAGGGAAAUCCCCAGACUGGGAAGUUGAAUUCGAAAUUGAGUUAAUUCCAGGAACCACACCUAUUUCAAAGGCACUGUACUGGAUGGCACUGGUGGAGCUCAAAGAACUGGAAGCGCAAUUACAAUACUACCUGGAUAAAGGAUUUAUACGACAAAGUCAUUCUCCUUGGGGAGCCCCGGUACUAUUCGUGAAAAAAGAAAGACAGCUCCUUGAGAAUGUGUAUAGACUACCGUGA